AUGGCGCUGUCCACUCUGCUCCUCCCACUGCUGCUCGGGCUUCUCUCUGCUUGGCACGCAAGUGCCGAUGAGGACUGUCUGUGGUACGUCGACAAGAACGGCACCUUGCAUAAUGGCUUUGACUGCCCACUUAUCACCUUCUGCUGUGGAAACUGCCACCAGCGAUACUGCUGUUUGGACGGCUUUAGGAUGAUCACAGAAAAUGUACAGAAACGCUGCAUGCUGUUUCAUCUCAGUCCCCCCACCCUAGCAGGCAUUGCUUCGUCCAUCCUGCUGUUCGUGGCUGCUAUUGCCACUAUGGUCUGCUGCUUUAUGUGCUCCUGCUGCUAUCUGUAUCAACGACACCAACAACGAGGCAGGACACCUUAUGAAGCCCAAGAGAUUCCAAUGGUCAACUACCCUGUAGUGCCUGUGUAUGAUUUCUAUGGUAAACCCAUUGGAAACCCUGGUUAUUCAGUGGCACCUCAGUACCCUGGUAUGCCUCAGCAGUAUCCCAAGAUGCCCCAGGGACCUUACCCCCCAUGUCCUUCUGCCAAUCCAGAGCACAGUCAAAAAGCUCCACCACCAUAUUCCCCUUCAUAGUACCCAAGCCACUGAGAGAUCUAACUUUGACUAAGGAAAGAAUAUUAUACAGCAGCCUGCUCUUAAGUAAUCCCUUAAACAACCUGCAGCACUUUGUAAAAUGCUAUUUAUUUUCUUUGUGUAUAUAAUAACCCUGAGUGAAGCAUGAAGCAUGGUCUUGUUUGGCUGUGUUCGGGGUAAAAUAUACAGAUGACUCUUGUUAAUGUCUUAUGAGAUUCUUUCUGUCAGCAAAUUACUUACAACUGUAUUAUCAUUUACAAGAAGCAUGUAGUUGACGAGUGCUCUAGAUUGAUUGAUAGCAGUUUCAGUGGGUCUCCCCUUUUGACUUGUUCACAUUAAAGGAUAUGUUACAAUAAAUAAUAGCAUUAUGCUGUCCUACAAAGUGUUGACUGUCAGAAUUGACAUUUAAAUUGCUUGGUUUUAGUUUUCAACCAGGACAUGUUUGUGUCUUGCUUAAAUAUGAUGGUUUUGAGUUCUAAUGUAAACAACCUAUUUGUUGUGAUUUAUUAAUGCUAUUGCCCUUAUGUUAUUGCCGUAAAUGCAUCUAAAGUAGACUUUGCAGUAGACUUGCCUUUGAGUUUAGCUUGAGUGGUACACUGUAAGCCGAAAACUGAUAUACUUGUGAUAGUGUGUAAUUGAAGUAGUUUUUUUUUUUUUUUACAUGUAGAGUGUUUUGAGUUUUUUGUGACAUUAUUUAUUUAACAACUAAGCAUAUAUUUAAGGGACACAGCAAUGUAAAUGAAUUCAGAAGAAUAGUCAUUAUUUAACUUCAGUUAUAAGAGAGUUCUAAUCAAACUGAACAGACUGAAAUACUAAAAUUAUUAUAUUACUUGGCUCUACUAAAUACUACUGAAUUUUGACAAACAAUAUAAUUUUUAGUUACCAGUGUAUUACUUUCCUAAACCUUACUAUUUUUGUAACCAAAUUAUUAUUAUUAUACUGUUUAC